UACGUCAUUUAUAUAAUGACAACUGAACUUGCGCCUUACUUAUUUCUCCGUUGGGUUUAUAAAGGCUUCUGACACACUGCAGUCCGGUUUAGCAGGAAUUGGGUUUUACAGAGCGUCGAUGCAGAAGUGGGAAACAGAACAAACAUCAAUGAGCGCUCAACAACCUGAGUGAUGUCUGGGAUAAACGUGGAUUCUGUCUCUGAGGAUUGUUCACUACGGCAAGAGGUGAACACAACUGCAGAAUUUGAAUUUAACCCGUCUUCUGAAGACGACGAUGAAUUGCUGAAAUAUAUCUGGAGGGAAUAUUUGCAUCCCAAACAGUACGAGUGGGUUCUAAUCGCCGGAUAUAUCCUCGUGUUCAUCGUUUCUCUAGUAGGGAAUACACUAGUUUGUUUUGCUGUGUGGAAGAAUCAUCGCAUGCGAACAGUUACAAACUACUUCAUAGUAAACCUCUCCUUUGCGGAUAUACUUGUCACCAUCACCUGUCUCCCUGCAAGUCUUGUGGUUGAUAUUACAGAAACAUGGUUCUUUGGCCAGACUCUUUGCAAAGUACUCCCAUAUUUACAGACUGUAUCCGUUUCUGUGUCUGUACUGACUUUAAGCUGCAUUGCCCUGGACAGGUGGUAUGCCAUUUGCCAUCCUCUGAUGUUCAAAAGCACAGCUAAACGAGCAAGGAAAAGCAUAGUAAUUAUCUGGAUGGUGUCCUGUGUUAUAAUGAUCCCCCAGGCCAUAGUAAUGGAAUGUAGCAGCAUGGUUCCAGAGUUAACAAACAAAACCAGUUUAUUUACAGUCUGUGAUGAACACUGGGGAGAUGAAAUCUACCCCAAGGUGUACCAUGUCUGCUUUUUCUUUGUUACGUAUUUGGCACCUUUAUGCUUAAUGGUGUUGGCUUAUAUCCAAAUAUUUCACAAGCUUUGGUGCCGUCAGAUUCCAGGAACAUCUUCAGUUGUUCAAAGAAAAUGGAAGCCUUUACAGUGUUCAGGCCAAUCUUCUGGGCCAGAGACUAUAAAAAUUAAAACAAACAUGGUGGCAGCAGAAAUUAAACAGAUUAAGGCCAGAAGAAAGACGGCUCGGAUGUUAGUGGUUGUUCUGUUUGUAUUUGUGCUGUGCUAUCUACCAAUCAGCAUCCUUAAUAUCCUGAAAAGAGUAUUUGGAACCUUUGACUAUACGAAUGACAGAGAAACUGUGUAUGCCUGGUUUACAUUUUCACACUGGUUGGUAUAUGCAAAUAGUGCUGCAAACCCCAUCAUAUAUAAUUUCCUUAGUGGAAAGUUCAGAGAAGAAUUUAAAGCAGCAUUCUCUUGCUGCUGUUUUGGAAUGAAUCAACAAAGAGAAGAGCAGCAGAGAAGAGGACAAGCAAGCACCGACAGUCGUAAAUCACUCACUACACAAAUCAACAAUUUUGAUAAUGUUUCCAGGAUAUCAGAACACGUAAUUUUAACAAGUAUAGCAACAUAUCAUACAAACAAUGAUGGGGAGAGCAUAAACUGGUAGCAUAACAAGAUGUUUAAGAGUCUAGCAGAGAUGAUCUGGGUCUAGCAGAGAUGAUCUGGGUCUAGCAGAGAUGAUUUGGGUCUAGCAGAGAUGAUUUGGGUCUGCCAUUAGCUGAGAUUUUUUUGAAAUAUUGCUGCCGUUGAUGAAUGUAAAGAAUAUGCAAGUUUGUUUUUAUAUUGUUGUAUUGAAAAUCAACCCCCGUUUUAAUUUGUUUUAAUUUAUUUUCUGUAUUCUCUGUGAAUUAUACAUCUUGAUAGACCAAUAACAUACUUCAACAGCAUUCAGACAAACCAGUUAUAUUCAGAGUUUUAAUGCUUGUUUUGCUGGAAUGUUUUUUGUGUUUGUCAAAAAAAAAGAAAAAAAAUUCAAAAAAGUUUUGCGUCUAAUAAAAAAGAAUUAAACCGUCUGAGAUGUACUGUAUAUUAGCUUUAGAAUGCUUCUGAAGAGGCUGAAGGAUUUACAGCAACACAUAUUUCUUAUCGUUGCUGCCUUCUGAGUUGUACACAUUCCACCAAUAUCUGUUUUAACAUAUUCGCUAUUGUUUUAAUAGUUUAUUUACAUGUCCUUGGUCUUGAAUCAGUUUUGAACAGUUGUUUUAGUUAUUCAAGGGGAAAAAUGUCAGCAGUCAUCAUAGGGACUAUUGUACAGAGAGGACCUCACAAUAUAAAUAUUGUCAUCAAAAUGUGGAUUCAGGUUUUCACACAUUUAACUACAGUAUAUAGACAGUGAAAUCUGCUGUGUGGCUCAGUGAGUAGGAUUUUUAGUUAGUUUGUUGGUUAUUUGUAUCCCAUUUUGGUCCACUGCUGAUGGAAAUGAAAAUAUUCCACCCACACUUGAAAUAAAUGAACAACAGUUAUCAGUCAUUCACAGUGCAAUAGUGACAAGACCGACAAAGUGUGUGCCUGCUUCAUUUUUUAAAUAUUGCACCUUUGCCGGCUUUAGGGCUGUAAAUCUUUUAACUGACAAAUUGUGCUUUGAUUUGCCCCCUUUAGUGCAUAUUCAUAAAUACAUAUUCAUGGCAAGAACCCGAUGUGAAGCGAAAAUAAAUGUUCAAAACUGAUUAUGACUAAGGCUGUGAAAAUAAAAAAAUAUUAAAAUUCCGGAUAAUGUACAUAACUGUUAAUUAUGUGUUGUGUUGUAAACCAGACACCUCUCUUCAGUUACACUUUAAAUUAUAAGGUUAAUCAUUAUUCUUGACUGUUUGUAAUUAGUGGUUUAUACUCUUUAUUGUAAAAACUUGAAUAGAUCUAAAUAAAAUACCAUGUACUUUAUUUUAGUCAGACUUCUUUGCACUGUAAGCAUUUUAUUAUUUAUCUUGUUUUUCUGUUGUUGUUUUGUUUUGUGGUUGUUUAGUAUGCAAUAAAUCCAU